CAAGAUGAUUGAGCUGCUGACUGGAGAGGUUCCUAUAAGGUGUCAGGAUGUGGCGUUGUAUUUAUCCAUGGAGGAGUGGGAGUAUAUAGAAGGACACAAGGAUCUGUACGAGGAGGCCAUGAUAGAGGCUCCCCGGCCUCUGACAUCACCAGAACAUCACAGUAAGAACUCUGGAGGAACCUUCAUGUUAUCACUAGAUCAUAUAGUAGAAGAUGAAGAUAUCGGGCAGCACUCUUCAGGAAUAAACCUCGUUACCUGUAAUGUACAUCCAGGACUUCACAGAACAGAUCUGUCAUAUAAUGCUUCUUAUUAUAAGGAACCUUCUCCUGACCAAUCACAGAUUGUUACCACAAGUACCGGGCAGAAAAGGGGUAAAAGAUUUCAGUGUGCGGAAUGUGGAAAACAAUUUACACAUCGUUCCGGUCUUUUUGCUCACAGUAGAAUGCACACAGGAGAGAAGCCAUUUUCCUGUUCAACAUGUGGGAAAUGUUUUAUAUAUAGAUCAAAACUUGUUACACAUGAGAAGUUUCACGCAGGAGAGAAGCCGUAUGCAUGUUCAGAAUGUGAGAAAGGUUUUACACAAAAGUCAGAUCUUAUUACGCACCAGAGAAUUCACACAGGAGAGAAACCAUUUUCAUGUUCAGAAUGUGGGAAAGGUUUUAUUACUAAUCACCACCUUAAACUUCAUCUGCGAAUUCACACAGGAGAGAAACCAUAUUCCUGUUCAGAAUGUGGGAAAUGUUUUAAUGAUAAAUCACGUCUUCAUACACAUGAAAGAACCCACAGAGGAGAUAAGCCAUUUAAAUGUUUAGAAUGUGGGAAAUGUUUUAUACAUAAGUCAGAUCUUGUUGCACACGAGAAAAGUCACACAGGGGAGAAGCCAUUUUCAUGUUCAGAAUGUGGGAAAUGUUUUAUCACCAAAGACAAGCUCAAGUUUCAUCAGAAAAGUCACACAGGAGAGAAGCCGUAUUCAUGUUCAGAAUGUGGGAAAUGUUUUAUGCAAAAGUCAGACCUCAUUACACAUGACAGAAUUCACACAGGAGAGAAACCAUUUUCAUGUUCAGAAUGUGGAAGAUGUUUUAUUACUAAACACCACCUCAAGCUUCAUCAGAAAAUUCACACAGGAGAGAAGCCAUAUUCAUGUUCAGAAUGUGGGAAAUGUUAUACAGAUAAAUCACGUCUUCAUAAACAUGAAAGAAGUCACAUAGGAGAGAAGCCAUUUAAAUGUUUAGAAUGUGGAAAAUGUUUUACUCAUAAGUCAGAUCUCAUUGCACAUGAGAGAAGUCACACAGGGGAGAAGCCCUUUUCAUGUUCAGAAUGUGGGAAAGGUUUUAUUUCUAAACACAACCUCAAGGUUCAUCAGAGAAUUCACACAGGAGAGAAGCCAUAUUCAUGUUCCGAAUGUGAGAAAUGUUUUAAUUCUAAACACAGCCUCAAGGUUCAUCAGAGGUAUCACACAGGAGAAAAGCCAUAUUCAUGUUCAGAAUGUGGAAAAUAUUUUGCUAAUAAAUCAGAUCUUGUUAGACAUGAAAAAAAUCACACAGGAGAGAAGUGAUGUUGAUUCCCUAUAUAUGAAAAAUAAAAAAUGUUUUACAGAAUUUACACAGAGAAGAAUCCAUAUUACUCUAAGGACGACUAUGUGUAACAUAUAGAAGCUUCUCAGCCUGCCUCUUCUCCCCAUAACCCAGACCCUGCUUCCCCACAUUUUCUAUACCUUAUUGCUUAUAUCUCCCUGCCUAUCUGAUUUGUUACCAGCGCUGAUCACUGCAGCACCAUUCUCCUUUCUCUUCACUGAACUCCGUAACUAACAAGAAAUCACAGAGAAAUUAGCAGUGUCCAGUGAUUAAUGCUGGUAGCAAGUCAAAUAGGCAGAGACAGGUCAGCAAUAGUGAUGAGCGGCAGGGGCUAUAUUCGAAUUUACGAUAUUUCAUGAAUAUUUGGGCGAGUAUUUGUCAUAUUUUCGCGAAUUUAAUAUUAUCUUGAUUUGCGAAAAAUCAGCAAUGUAAUAU